AUGCGUGGCGAGCAGACCGUUCGAGCCGGUCGUCUUCCCGCCCCGUCCCCAACAACGUCUCUUGGAGGCGAAGGAGCCAUCGGUCGAAUCAAGCAUCAAGAAGCCAUCGCUAUCCUGUUUGGAAGACCGAUUGUUCUGGCGGUAAUAAAUGCCUUGGAGGCCUGGUGCCCGUCGCCUGUGGCCCCGAUUGACGUCUCUGGGGAAGACGACGGCAAACUGCUCCUCCACGGUCUUGUGAGCCAUGCCAGCGGUGCAAGGUCGCCGUUGCGAGAGAAGAACGGCUCUGGUGACAGUAGGCCGCCGGGGGCACGGGCCCUUGAGCGGCGGAGGAGGGUGCCGCGGAGAAGGGCGUCGCGGAUGCACGAAAGCCUUCAGGAGAUUCAAUGGUAUGAGACCGGUGGAUCGCGGAAAUUGGCCGUGUGCACGUAG